UAAAUGCAGUCUUCGGUGCUUUCCCGUGUUCCCACCACCACCACCGUCUUCCACCUCCUAACCCUAUCCCUCUCCCUCCUCCUCCUCCCCCUCCCUUCCCUCCCCCUCUCCCUCUGCCGCACCUCCUGCGGCCCCAUCCCCGUCGCCUACCCCUUCGCCGUCGACGACGGCUGCGGCUCCCCCAGCUUCCGCCGCAUGCUCUCCUGCAACGCCUCCGACCUCUUCUUCGUCACCCCCUCCGGCGCCUACAAGGUCCAGUCCAUCGACUACGCCAAGCGCAAGGUCGUCGUCUUCGACCCCGCCAUGUCCACCUGCUCCAUCCUCCAGCCCCACCACGACUUCGCCCUCACCGACGUGCAGGCCGCCCUCAUCCCCCCCUCCGACGACACCAUCUUCGCCGUCCUCAACUGCUCCGUCGACUCCCCCGUCGCCAACCACUUCAAGUACCUCUGCUCCCCCGACGUCGGCGGCCACUCCUGCGGCGAGAUGUACGGCGCCUGCGCCUCGUUCCGGAUCUUCCGGUCGGCGACACCGCAGGGGGCCAACCAGUCGUCGCCUACGUCGUCGCCGACGUCGCCGCCGUGCUGCUUCACGAGGUACGCGACGGUGAGGUUCAUGAGCAUGAACAUGCUGGACUGCACGCACUACACGACGGUGAUCGACUCGGGGGGUCUGGAGAAGACUGGGCCGUUGGACUGGACGUACGGGAUCGAGCUGACGUACGCCGUGCCGGAGAGCACCGCGUGCGACCGGUGCAAGCGGUCGGGCGGCGCGUGCGGGUUCGACACCGAGUCGGAGGCGAUGCUCUGCCUCUGCUCCCCAACCCUCAACGCUACUGUAGAAUGUGCUGCAGGGGCUGGGAUCGGCUCCGGAGAAAGGCUUGCUCCGACGCUACCAUUCCAUACAAGCCUACAAACUCUUUCCAAUCUUCACUCUCCUGAGUCUCCUUCCCACUUGGAUGAACAAUGA